UUAAGCUCUUCGGAGAAGCUUUCAAGAAUAAACUCGACGUUGACGAAGACGUAGACUUAUGCUUUAUUUUGUAGACUUGGUGGAAAGUUUCGUCGCCGUGGGGCCAUUUGAUUGGAGGAGGCAUAGCAAUUCAUUUCCCUGUAUAUAAUAAAGACAUCAACCAUCCUGGUUUUCAUUCUCCUCUACUGUGUUUGUUAACAGAUCUGAAAAAGCUACAAGAAGAAGAUGAGCAAUAUAUUUAGCAGCGGCCUAGAAUUGGCAAAUGUGCUGUUGACCUCUGAACCCCUACACCAGUCAUGGGAUGCAAUUCAGAAUGAUAAGCAGAAGGUCAAUCCAAAUGCACAACCAACCUUACACAUUAAUACAACCCAACAAGCAAAUCUUACCAUCAUAACUUUUCUGACUUCACCCAUGUCUUUGAGGGGACAAGAAGGCUUGAUUUUAUCAUCAACUUUUAAGGAAAGAAAUCUCCCUGACUUUGGAUUUUUGCUCAACAAAAGCAACCCAAGUUUCUCCCUCAAUAAAGCUGCAAUCAACCUCUUUGCCUCUCGUUUUGAUGAGCUCCGUCUUCUGAAAACUGAGAUUAGCAGAUCAAAUUCAUUAGUAAUUAUCACUGGACACUCUAUGGGAGGCUGUGUGGCUACGCUCUUCACCUUAUGGCUGCUAGAAGGCCUCAACUUAUUUAAAGCCAAGCGCCCGCUUUGCAUUACUUUCGGUUCACCCCUUAUUGGUGACGAACGCUUCCGAAAAUGUGUUUCACAAUUCCCAGUAUGGACUUCUUGCUUCUUGCAUGUAGCCUCUAUCCAAGAUCCUGUACCUAAACUCUUCCUAUCCCCAAAUCCAACUGCUCUUGGAACCGGUACUAAAGUUGGUGCUUAUAAGCCUUUUGGAACAUUCCUGUUGUGCUCUGAUUUUGGUUGUGCUUGCUUUGAGGACCCAGAUUUGAUUUUGGAGUUGGUGGCAGCCAACUCUCAGGGUGAUCAGACCCAAUAUCCUAAUGUGGGGAUUCAGUUUUUUGAUUAUGGACAGCUCUUGGAACGUCUCAAGCUCAAGGCAUUUUGUAAAGAUGUCUUUGAGUUGGCUGAAAGCGAUAGAGUUCCACUUAAAGCUAGCAUUAUCACACAACUGGCAGCAAUAUUUGGAGUUCCCCAAUCACAGGCCUUGCAACAGCAACAACCCAACAUAAAUAUUCUGAAAAAGAAGAUGGAAACACAUGAAUAUAAAUUAGCAAUACAGAAGACGAAGACUUCCAAUGCUGCCAAGAAAUUGAAUGAUAUUAAAGUGAGCAUGGUCUACCUUGAGUGGUACAAGAAGGAGGCAAAAGGUAGGGAAAUUGGAUACUAUGACAUGUACAAAAACAAGCGGAACAUGAAUGACGUCAACGUCUACGAGUUUAAGAAGAAGCUGUCGAAUUACUGGCAGGACUUGGUUGAAGAAGUAGAGAAUAAGCCCCAGAAAGAAGAAGCUGCCUUACGAACUCGUUGGCUUAUGGGAGGUACAACCUACAGAAGGAUGAUGGAACCACUUCACAUUGCAGAGUACUACAAGGAAAAUGAUGGGAAAAACUACAUAGAGGAAAGGCCUAAGCAUUUCAUUCUGUUGGAGAAAUGGCUCAAGGAAGAGGAGGAAAGGAAGGUAGCAGAGAGAAAUAGAAGAGGGGAGACAGUCGAAGACGGUCCAAGCAAGUUUAAAGCACAGAACGUGGCUUCUAUUCUGAAUGAUGAUUCUUGUUUUUGGGCACAUGUUGAGGAGGCUCUUAUCUUAUGCUAUCAGCUGGAGAGGGGACAAACGAGUUUUCAAGAAAGGGAACAAUGCAAGCAAAAGUUGACAGAGUUUGAGGAGUACGUGUUGGAUGCCCUCAAGAAUUUUGCAGUAAGCCCUGAUAUUUUCUUGAAGUAUAGCAGCUUUAUGCAUUGGUGGAAGCAGUAUAAUAAAAUUGUGGGAAGCUCAACACAGCUGGCUCGUAUCAUGACGGAUGGCAGGUACCGCGAUUAUGAGAAAGGGGUGAAGGUGGUUUUCUGAUCUCUAUAAUCCAAUGAAUAAGUUUUAUAUGCCAACCGGAUGGAGCAUGUUGAAAUUUGUGCCUUGUUGGUGUGCUUCCUUUUGUAUUUUCUUUUUCCUUUUCUUGUAGGCUUUGUUGCUUUGUAAGGGUAUUGCAAAUUGGGUUUUGCUGCCAAUCUUGGAAUUAGCAGAACUUUGUGGCUUGUUUUAAGUUGUAUUAAUCUUGCAGAUGAAUUUACAAAAGAAAAGCUUGUAACUAGUAAAGAAUUUGUAGCUGUAAGUUGUGUUGUGUACAUGUCUCUGGUGUAUGGAUGAGCUGUUCCUGUUGUUAAUUAACUUGGAUGUUGUCA